UGGGUAGUCAUUCAUUCUUUAUCCCUUCAAGACUUUCAUCACGACUUUCAAAUGACCAAUAUGAUCAUGUCGUUCUUGAGCUGAGGGCGAGGAACGAAAGGUCGAGAACAUCACACUUCAGCUGCUGGCCAAGGCCGCGAAGGUUAAACUGAAAGAGCAAGCCACGAUGCCUACAGCGAAACUUACAUCGCGACUUUGGCCGGGACCCGAGGUUCUUAUCGACACCGCGACUCAGGAUUCACAGCAGCAUCAGUCUUUACAACAAGUUGAUCAAAAGGCAAUGCCAGAUGACCGAGCACGCGUCCUAGACAAUAAAUCAAGGGAGAGACAAGGGCUACAUCAGUUUCGAGGACGACACAAAGACAUCACAGAAGCACAAUCUCGACAUUGUAUGGCGCAGAGUGCUUUAGUCCCAGGCGUGCACAACAGAGCACGCAGCAACUGUAUCAAUGUGCUGUCGUGUUCCCACCCGCGGCCAGUAACAAAGACAGCCCGAAGUUUUUCCGCCGAGCGGAGAUUUAUCUCAAGCACGAUAUCCCGGUCUAUUCCAAAGGGGGAUCUCAUCGCCGUCUGGAACCUCAUCGCUGGUGUUAUAUCGUCACAGUCACAGAGGUAUUAUCUGGAAGAUGGGCCGGAACCUCCCGGAAAGAGGAUCGAAGAUGCUGCUCGAUUGGUAGCUAGGUCGGCCGAUGAAUGGGGGCACACAGUGGAGGAAGAGGAUCCGAGGUCGUUGAGAGCGCCCAAAACACCAGACGAAAAAAAGAAGCUCGUCAGACAGGCAAGCAGGAUUCGCGAAACGGCGUUGCAGAUUGCGAACUGUGCGAAUGAUUGGGGCGAGAGGUUAAAGAGAAAGCAAUCUUCGUCAUAGCUGCGGAGAUGAAUCCUCGGGUCUGCGGCCACACAGUGACAGAACGCAAACAUGGACCCGAGCUAAGUAGUUACAAG